AUGGAUGACCAGGCGCUUAGCAAGCGGAUCAAGACGCUGAAUAAGGCUGUCUCUAACGACCCCCCAUCUGUCGUGUUGACCCUGCUUGAGGAGCUAAAAAACUCCAAAGCACCCACCGAGGAACAACUACGCUCUACCAAAGCCGGUGUUGCGAUAGGUAAAUUACGUCACAACACGAACAAGGAUAUCGGGCGUCUAGCUACCGAGAUCGUCAUCAAAUGGAGGAAGAACGUCGAGGCCGGCAAGGAGUCAAAGAAGCGCAAGCUCGAACAAAGCAAAUCGCCGACACCCAAGACACCCAAGGACUCGCCUGCCCCACCCCUUUCGGCGUCCUACAGCGCCCCAUACGAAGGCGACCCGGAGAAGCGGCACUUCCGGACAGACAAAGUCGACACCGCCCGCACAGGCGACAAGACGCGCGAUGGUAGUAUUGCCGUGCUCUACAAUGGACUGGCGUACCGGGCGACCGAGUCGAUCGAGGAGGUGGUGGCGCGCGUGGUCGAGAUCGAGGCGGCCGCGCACGCAGCGUACAAAGACGCCGGCGACUACCGCAGCAAGAUCUUCGGGCUCAUGACGAGCCUCAAGCGGAAGGACAACGCGGAGCUGGGCCGCCGCGUCAUGCGCGGCGAUAUUGAGCCAGAGAAGUUUGUCAUCAUGACCGAUGAGGAACUCGCUUCGGAUGCCCAGCGCGAACGCGACGCCGAGCUCGAGCGCGAGAACAUGCUCACGGCCCAGGUGCCCAUGGCCCAAAAGUCUAUCAGCGACUCGCUGCAGUGCAGCAAGUGCAAGCAGAAGAAGGUCUCGUACAGCCAGGCUCAGACCCGGUCGGCUGAUGAACCGAUGACCACGUUCUGCGAAUGCACUGUCUGCGGCAACCGCUGGAAGUUCUCGUAG